UAUCUAUUUACAACUCAAGCAGCAUCCCUUCAUCCUUGUUCUUGUGUUUCUCCCGCUACGUUGGAUUCCUUAAAGGUUUAAAUCAGUGAAAAAUAAGAGCAAUUUUAAAUAAAUGCAAUAUUUUUUUUACGUUGGCCAAUACCUGAAUCUGGUUUAAUACCAAAAAAGGGUUUAAUACCAAAUACACAUAAUGAGUGCAAAUGGACGCGGGAAACUCACAACUUUAAUUCAAAAGAUAUAAUAACGAGAGUUAAAAAAUAAGGUGGAUGGUGAUAUUUAUAAAACAAGGUUUCAACUAAAAACCGAAAGAGGAAAAUAUUCAAAUAAAAUACAAACUCGGAGGAAAAAGGGAAAAAUAAAAAAAUACUAACCGGGUGGUGGACUGUAAAAUGCCAAAAACUUUUGUGCGGCUCAACGUACAAAAAUUGUAAAGUGCCCGAAAACGAGACGCGGAGAGAGGAGUUUUAAAAGUGAAGAAUUUUAACUGAUUUCCACUCGAAAGGAAUAAUAAAAGUGGGCGUCUGAAGCGGGAGUACAAUGGUGCCGAUGUCGAUGGCCUCCGGAGUGGCCAAGCAGCUCCAGCAGACGAAGCGUGAGGUUACCAUUGCCACCUCCAUGUCAUCAGCCACCAAUGACAGCGCCGCCGGAGCUAACAACAACAACAACUUACUGACCCUGGCGCCCCGCAAGGAGGAGCUGCGUUUUCUGCCCCUCGCAUCCAUGCCCACGCCCGGGAAACCCUGCAGCAUCACCAUCAGCAAUUUGCAGGCCCACAACAUGUCCAGCAAUCAUCAGAAUCAGCUUCAUCCCGCCCUGAAGACGAAACUAACUCAAAUGAACAUUGUUCCGAAGCCCUUAAAGGGAUCCGGAUCAGUGGUAACUUCGACAUCAGCGCCUCUGUUCCAACUGCUGCCAGCGCCGAGCAAGCCCAGCCAGCAGCCACUGGUGGCCAUUUUGACACCAUCGGGAAAAACAGCAACCGUGAUCGGUACCACUGCCCAGGCGAAUGUCAAUUCCCAUCCAGUUGUGAUAAGACCUGGUCAGGCACAGAUUAGCAAGGGCCAUUUUGCCAUCCAAGGCAAUGCCCUGUCACAGACGGUGGGAGGGGUAGUGUCCUCCGGAGGAGGAGCACCACCUGGAUUGGUUGGAAAACCAGAGCUUGUCCAGAAAAGUGUCAUUGCAACUACAGCUAGUGGAGCUGUCACAACUAAUUCAACGCUUCCCGUCCAGGUUGCCAAUCCUGGAACAACCAAAAUAUCCUUGGUCAAUCCCAUCACGCCACGCUCCCCGCUCAUCCUUAGCAAGGUGGCUGUGGACAAGCUGCGACUGAAAUUCAACCAGGCCAAGGCCAAUCCUGGAUCGGUUAUUAUCAGCAAGUCGGGCACUGUGAAGAAGGUGCUGCCCAUGCCGCCGUGCAGCGAGGAUAUGAUCAGGACAUCUCAGAAUAACAACAACAUCAACGGCAAGGCGGCUAUUCCCAUCAAGGCAGUGUCCGUGGUGGCAGACAACACCAACAAGAGCAUGCUGAAAUCCAAGCAAAUCAUAAAGGCUGUUCCUCUGCCGGUCAAGGAGGAUACUGCCUCCACGGCUCUACCUUCAGUUACCAUCCAGAAAGUCCUGCCUACGGCUGUAAAGAUUAUGCCACUGGCUCCGGCUUCGGCUCCGGUUCCGGCUCCUGCUGCAGCCCCCGUUGCCACGAUUUCGGUUCCUACAACUGCCAAUCCUCUGCCGCCGGCUCCCAUUGCUUCGGCGUCGGCAUCCGCAGUUCCAGCUCUUAGUCCGAAGCCCCAGCUUAUAGGGCCGGAGACCACUAUUGUAACUAUAACGCCUGCUAAUGGUUCGAUUUCGGUUCCAAAAGCAUCGAAUGAACAAGCAGCGUCCAAGCCCACACCCACUAGCAGUACAAAAGCCGUUUUAACAUCGGAAUCAAAGACUAAACUGGAAAUGGCUCUCAACGGUCCUCAUAAAAUGGUUCAAUCCGAAACAAACACAAAGCCACAGGCACAUGAGCCGGAGGACCUUUUCAAACCACAACUAGCUCAACCUAAGAAUCCACCCAAGCUCCAACGAGAUCCAAGGGAUACGCCGAAGCCAGAACAAUUGGAGGCCAAAGACGAAGUUAAGAUGCGACAGAUUGAAUCAACAAAUCCUUCUAAAAAUCAACAAGUAGAGCUUCAUAGUCCUCCGAAGCAGAAGCAGCCAUCUGAAAAGCCACGUCAGGAGCUUUAUAGUCCUCCGAAGCAGGAGCCGCCAUCUGAAAAGCAACGUCAGGAGCUUCAUAGUCCACCGAAGCAGAAGCAGCCAUCUGAAAAUCAACGUCAGGAGCCUAAUAGUCCUCCGAAACGGGAGCAGCCAUCUAAAAAUCAACAUCAAGAGCUUUUAAGUCCUCCAAAACAGCAGCAGCCAUCUAAAAAUCAAGAUCAAGAGCCACAUAGUCCUCCGAAACAGCAACAGCCAUCUGAAAAUCAACGCCAGCAGCCUGAAAAGAAGACUCCGCCGAAACCCAAACCGCCGGAGCGCAAAGAGCCGCCAAAGCUCCCGCCACCGGAAAGCAGGAAACAAACUAAAGAUCAUCAAACAAAGUCCAAGGAUAUUCCUAAACUGCAGCGAUCCAAGUCCUUUGUGGGCUCUCCGGAAAUUUCACUGAUUGCUUGUGAACGCCGGCACUCCGUGGCUAUCAUGGCCAAGGAAGUGGACGUGAUCGAGCAGCCUUCUGCACCCAUUGAAACAAUCACCAUCGAGGACGACGACGACAGCGAGGAGGAACCGUUCCAGCACACUCCUCAGCCGAAGAAGAAACCCAUUGUGCUGCCCAUUCUUCCAGCUGGAAUAACUAUAUCCACUACCCGACGAUCAUCAGGUCCUGCAGCGAAAAAUGCGAAAAACAUAAUUUCCUCCAGAAAGAGUUCAUCAUCCAGCUCCAAUAGCGACGUGGUGGAGGUUCCCGUGUCAGUGAGCAAAUUAAAAGAGGACCUGAGCCUGCUGCCGGGAAUCAGUAUUGUGAAAGCUGAAUCCUUGCCGCUGACCAAGGAAGACUUUGAGCGCUCCCUGCGCUGCGAUGAACAAGUGCCUAGUACACCGCCUUCAUCCUCCUCCAGCGCGUCGGUGGCCUCGGACAUGCUUACCCCACCGAAAUCGGUUGAGCCAGUAGCACCGCGGGCCCCUAAGAAUGGUGACCUUCACAUCCAAGAGGCGUUACCGCCGCCUGGCUCACGGGCUAAUGCACUAAAGAAGAACAUGCACCAGAAUCUUCCAAUGCUGCAGUGGCGCGGUCAACAGCCGGCGAAUCUGCAGAACUCAUCGCUGCGGUUCGAGUUGAACCGCUUCAACCUGUUGCAGCUAAACGAACGCUGCGAGCCGCGCCAAGGACCCGCCAACUAUUUCGAACGGGCGCUGUACGACCGGCCGGGUCGCAGGCCUUCCGGUAGCGUUCAUCCCCUGCUCUACCUGUGCCAGCGAUGCAACUGCCAUGGACCAGCCGCCGACUUUCUGGCUCCCCAUUAUUGCUCCGUUCAUUGUGUUCGCCGAGGACAAAAGCGACGUCUUCCCCCAAGCAGCCAAACAGAGAGCAAGAUAAGUCGCACCCAGCCGGAGUCGAAGACAAAGGAGCAGUCUUCCAUCAGACCAGCGCCGUCCAAUAACAAAGCCCCUGCCAAGACCCUGGAGCAGCCAAACCGGGCGAAAGAGAAGGGUAAAAAGGCAUUCCGCUGGAGCGAAUACUUAAAGUCCAAGGGCAGGGAUGUGGCUGCGCCCAUCCACUUGUUUCUCAAUCCGUUCCCCAUCACACCCAACUGCUUUGAGCGCGGGAUGAAACUGGAGGCGAUUGAUCCGGAGAACUGUUCGCUAUUUUGUGUGUGCACUAUUGCCGAGAUUCGUGGCUACCGGCUGAGACUUAGCUUCGACGGCUACUCUUCCAUGUACGAUUUCUGGGUGAACGCGGAUUCGCAGGACAUCUUCCCGCCAGGCUGGUGCGAAGAGACGAACCGUGUCCUUCAGGCACCAAAAGGCUACUGCUCGGAGCGCUUCAACUGGAACCGCUAUUUGGUGAAAACGGGCGUAAAAGCGGCUCCGCGCUCGCUCUUCACCCACUUGAACGUUACUCCGCAGGCGGGUAUUCGCAACGGAUUCAUAGUGGGCAUGCAUCUGGAAGCGGAGGAUCUUAACGACACGGGAAAGAUCUGUGUGGCCACCAUAGCGGACACCCUGGACGAACGCAUUCGCGUCCACUUUGACGGCUGGGAUGACUGCUACGAUUUGUGGGUGCACAUUAGCUCGCCCUACAUCCAUCCCUGCGGCUGGCACGAGGGUCGUCAGCAGUUGAUUGUGCCGCCCGACUACCAGAAGUCGGUCUUCAGCUGGCGCGACUACAUAGCCGAUGUUGGGGGCAUUGCAGCUCCGAAGCAUCUGUUUAUGCCACGGCAGCCGAUGGAGUUUCACGGCCGGAUGAAGCUUGAAGUGGUUGACCAACGGAAUCCCUGUCUCAUUCGUCCCGCAACAGUUGUGACGCGGAAGGGGUACCGGGUGCAAAUCCACCUCGACUGCUGGCCGACAGAAUACUACUUCUGGCUUGAGGACGACAGCCCGGACCUGCAUCCGAUUGGCUGGUGUGAGGCCACCUCGCAUGACCUGGAAACUCCACCGGGCUUCCUACAAAGCAAACCAAUGAUGCCCUGCGACACGGAGGGAUGUCGGGGCUACGGAAACGCAAAGCGCUUCAAUCUUAACGUGCACGCCCUCCAGGAUUGUUGUCCUUAUGCCCCGGACAACUGGCGUCAGUGGCGCUCCAAGACAGUAAAGCCGCCACGCGUUGCGCCGGAAAGCAUCUGGCGUGGUCCAGAAAGGAAAUUCAAGCGAACUAGUCCCGAGCAUGACCGAGUGGAUGUCAGUAAGAAGUACAAACCUGAGGUGCUGCCCCCCAAAGCCCCUAAAACAGAAAACAAGCCGGAAGUCAAGCAGAAGGGGUCACGCCGUAAAGCAAAGCAUGUUCCGAAGCAAGAAAAGCCGGGUCCGAAGGAGCAACAGCCAAAGAAGCAGGAGCCAGAUCCUCGGUCUCUGGCCUUGGCCAACCCCAUUGUGAAGGACUAUGGGCCGCAAUACGUCCAAAACUAUCGGCUAUGGCAACAGAACAGUGCCUUCGAUUUGGAUCAGGUGCGGAGCAACCCACUCAACUGGACGAAGUGGGACGUUUUCGAGUAUAUAGAGCACGCCCUGGAGUCCGAGGAGAUUGCCAAGACCCUCUUCGAGGAGGACAUCGAUGGUAGAGCGUUGCUGAUGAUCGGGCGGCAAGAGCUAGAAAAGUACCUGAAGCUGAAGAUGGGUCCAGCCGUGAAGCUCUACUCGCUGAUUGUCAAUCUGCGAAUUGCGGUGGUUUGCAAGUUCGAGACGACAACCACGGGCCUGGGGAUCUACGCCGUCGCCAAGAAAAUGAAAAUGAAGAAAGAGAAACUGGACUCGCCUGUUUCUGCCAAAGAGAAAGUGAAUGGCUUUAAAGUGAGCCGCAUUGAUUUUGAUGCGGAGCGCUCGGAGAGCGGAGAUGACGAGGAGGACGUCGUGCUGGACAGCGAAGACUUUCUCAGCGUGGAGGCCUGCCAUAUGGACGAGGACGAGGAAAUGGAUUCGGACGUUGAUGCAGAUCCGGAUGUUGUUAUGGUACCGCUGGGGACCCGUAGACCCAUGACAGCAUCCUAGGAUUUUAGACCCAAUCGUUUCCGUUGAUUGAUUCAUAAGAUACUUUGUUGCACUGGCCUAGGCCUAGGCCCGUUUGGGUAUUAUUUAAUUGAUAGUAACUAACUUGUAAGUCUUGUAAGAUUUAAACUAUCAUGUUUGUUUGCCCCCCUAUUCUCCAAUAAAGGAUUCCCUUAGCUCUGUAA